AUGCAGAGGGGUGUGGGAUACUGGGGGCAGAGGGGCAGAGGCGUGCGGGAUACCGGGGGCAGAGGAGUGCCGGGGUGCGGGAUACCGGGGGCAGAGGAGUGCCGGGUGCGGGAUACCGGGGGCAGAGGAGUGCCGGACGCGCGGGCUGCCGGGGGCGGGGCCAGCGUGGGCGUGGCCGAGGGCGUGGUCAGGGGCGGGGCGGAGGCGCCGAUGGCGGCGCCGCGCUCGGUGCUGCUGCUGAGCGGGAAGAGGAAAUCGGGAAAGGAUUUCGUGGCCGAGGAGCUGUGGAGCCGGCUGGGCCCUGAUGUCUGCACCAUUCUGCGCCUCUCCGGGCCCCUCAAGGAGCAAUACGCCAAGGAGCACGGGCUGGACUUUGAGCGCCUCCUGGAUGCCAGCGCCUACAAGGAGAGGUUCCGCCAAGACAUGAUCCGCUGGGGCGAGGAGAAGCGCCGCGCCGACCCCGGCUUCUUCUGCCGGGCCGCGGUGCAGGGGGCGCUGCAACCGGUCUGGGUGGUGAGCGACACACGGCGCCUCUCAGACGUGGAGUGGUUCCGGGACGCCUACGGGGAUGUGGUGCAGACCGUGAGGGUGGUGGCUACUGAGGAGACGAGGAAGAGGAGGAACUGGGUCUUUGUCACUGGGGUGGACGACGCUGAAUCUGAGUGCGGCCUGGACCAGGGAGUGGCCUUUGACUGGGUGAUCACCAAUGACGGCGAUGAGGCGGCUCUGGGCGAGCAGCUGGAGGAGCUGGUGCAGUCUCUCCACAGGAGCCUAUAGCUCCAUGUCUCUCCACUGGGGCUUGGGGACUGCCUCAUCCCCCCAGCCCCUCAGCAUCUCCACCUCCUGCUGCUGCUUCCUGUUCUGGAAUAAAGCUCUGACUUCUGGGAAGUGCUGCCA